AUGGUGGAGGAAGAAAAGAAACCUGCAGAGGAGAAAGAUGGUGAAAAGCCAGCAGAGGAAAAGAAAGGAGAAGAGUCGAAAGAAGAAACGGAGGAGGGGACGCCGCCGCCGCAAGAGAUUGUUUUGAAGGUUUUCAUGCAUUGCGAAGGGUGUGCUCGGAAAGUUCGUCGGUGUCUCAAGUGCUUUCAAGGGGUUGAAGAUGUAAUGACUGAUUGUAAGAGUAACAAAGUGGUUGUAAAAGGAGAGAAGGCUGAUCCUUUGAAAGUUCUCGAGAGAGUUCAAAGGAAGAGUCACCGGAGAGUGGAGCUUCUUUCACCGGUUCCGAAACCACCGACGCCGGAGGAGAAUAAACCAGGGGAAAAAGAGAAACCUAAGCCUGAAGAGAAGAAGAAGAGGUCACCGGUACCGAUCACGAUGGUUCUGAAAGUUCAUAUGCAUUGUGAAGCUUGUGCUCAGGAAAUCGAGAAACGUAUUCAAAGAAUGAAAGGCGUGGAAUCAGCUGAAGCGGAUCUUAAGAAUUCCGAGGUGACGGUGAAGGGAGUGUUCGAACCACCGGAACUGGUGGCGUACGAGUAUAAAAGAACCGGGAAGCAGGCGGCGAUAACGAAGCAAGAUCCGCCAGAGACAAGCAAGGACGACGGAGGAAAAGAAAAAGCCCAACAAGACAAGAAGAAAGAGAGAAAAGGCGGUGAAGAGGAGAUCAAAGAUAAAAAGGACGGAGGUGAUCAAAGCAUGGAAGCCAAAGCAGCAGCCGUUGAAGAAGCGCCGGUUUCGACGGAGGAGAAUAAAGUUGCGGUGGAAGUGAAGAAGAAUGAAUAUUAUUACUACCCGCCAAGGCAUGUUACGGAGUUGUAUGGAUAUCCGCCUCAGAUGUUCAGUGACGAGAACCCUAAUGCUUGCACUCUAAUGUAAAAAGAUGAAGGAUUCAAGGGCAUUGUGGGGAUAAA